AUCCCAGCCACACACUCUGCUGUGAGCAAGCUGGCAGGCAGAUGCACAGAGGGAGCUGCACCUUGCUGCCCAACUCAUCCUCUCCACUCUUCCUACCCUACCAGGGCCAGCAGGACAGACCACAGGGGUGGUCACCAGCGUGUGAGACCCUGCAGAAGCAGCUUCAGCAGCAGGGGCUGCCUUUGCCCCCUGAGGUUUGGGCUUCUUGGUGGAGACUUAAAAGCUGUUCUUCUUCUGUUCCUGAUCAUUGAUGCAAACCAUGGAGUGUGCUCAAGAACAUGAAGAAUACCCUGUGCAAACCCAGAUGUAUUCUGUGGAGAGACCAAUUUAUAACCAAGAGUUGUUGCAAGAGCAGCUGCACCAGAAGGAAAAGCCAUCUCAGCCUCUGUCACAGAGGAUAGCACAUUCAUGUCGUUGUACCUCCAAAAAAGCCAAGUCUCAUCUGUACAGCUUCUUACCAAUUUUACUAUGGCUUCCCCGGUAUCCGGUGAAGGCGUAUCUAUUAGGAGACAUUAUCUCAGGUAUAAGCACUGGGGUUAUGCAGCUUCCUCAAGGUCUAGCCUAUGCUUUACUGGCAGCUGUUCCCCCAGUAUUUGGCCUAUAUUCUUCAUUUUAUCCUGUUUUUCUGUAUACUUUUUUUGGGACCUCCCGACAUAUAUCAAUAGGCACAUUCGCAGUAAUCAGUAUGAUGGUUGGUGCAGUUGCAGUAAGAGAAGUUCCUGAUGAAAAAUUUGAUAUUCUGGAGUCUAAUUCCACCAACAGCACCGAAACUAGAGAUGACAUGAGGGUGCAGGUGGCUGUGACUCUUGCCUUGCUUUCAGGGAUCAUACAGCUGUGUUUAGGCCUCCUUCGGUUUGGAUUUGUAGCCAUCUACCUAACAGAGCCCUUAGUACGAGGGUUCACAACUGCUGCAGCGGUUCAUGUCUUUACCUCCCAGUUAAAGUAUCUGCUUGGAGUUAAGACUAAACGAUACAGUGGAGCCCUUUCAGUUUUAUAUAGUAUAUAUGCUGUGUUUUCAAACAUCACAGACACCAACAUUGCAGCCUUAGUCGUUGGAUUAACAUGCAUUGUUUUGCUACUAAUUGGCAAGGAAAUCAAUGUGCGUUUUAAGAACAAGUUACCAGUUCCUAUUCCUAUGGAGAUCAUUGUGGUAAUAAUUGGUACUGGCGUUUCAGCUGGAAUGAAUCUUUCUGACACCUAUGGAGUGCAUAUUGUUGGAAAUAUCCCUAAAGGAUUACGGGCCCCGGCAAUACCUGAUAUGGGAAUCAUCCAACAAGUAUUUAUAGAUGCAGUAGCAAUAGCAAUCGUUGGAUUUUCCAUGGCUGUAUCAAUGGCCAAAAUCUUUGCACUUAAACAUGGUUACACUGUUGAUGGAAAUCAGGAACUCAUUGCCUUGGGAAUAUGUAAUUCUGUAGGAUCCUUUUUCCAGACCUUCCCAAUCACUUGCUCGAUGUCUCGGAGCCUUGUUCAAGAAAGCACCGGUGGAAAAACACAAGUUGCAGGUACGCUGUCCUCCAUCAUGGUGCUUUUAGUCAUUGUGGCUAUUGGUUACCUCUUUGAACCACUACCACAGACGGUGCUGGCUGCGAUUGUGAUGGUGAAUCUGAAAGGAAUGUUUAAACAGUUUGCCGACAUACCACAUUUCUGGAGAACCAGUAAGAUCGAACUGGCCAUCUGGGUUAUAGCUUUUCUGGCCUCUGUUUUCCUGGGACUAGAUUACGGCUUGCUUACCGCUGUGGCAUUUGCAAUGAUAACCAUUAUCUACCGAACACAAAGUCCACAAUACAGAAUCCUUGGUCAGAUUCCCAACACAGACAUUUACUGUGACGUCGACACAUAUGAAGAGGUGAAAGAAUGUCCAGGAAUAAAAAUAUUCCAGGCCAAUGCCUCACUCUACUUUGCCAAUAGUGAAUUAUAUCUCAAUGCACUGAAGAAAAAGACUGGAGUUGACCCUUGUGCCAUACUGGCUGCAAAGAAGAAAGCCCAGAAAAGGCAUGCCAGGGAAAUGAAACAGGCAGAUGAAUGCAAGAAGAAAGCCAUCCUGAAGCUUACCAGUGAUGUGGAAACAAGUGUAAAGCAUGAAAUAGCAAAUGAUGAGCUUCCCCUAAAUGGAAAGUUUGCAUCUGCUGAUGCUAAUGCCCAAGACACGUCUCCUAAUGAACUGGAGCGCUUUAUGGAGCCAAUGGGAAAAGUUCACUCUCUAAUUCUGGACUUUACACCAGUGAACUUUGUGGAUUCAGUUGGAGCAAAAACAUUAAAAUCGGUUAUAAAAGAAUACGAAGAAAUUGGGGUUGGUGUGUACAUAUCUGGCUGCAGUGGGCCUGUUGUUGAUGAACUGACAAGACUUAAGUUCUUUGACAAAUCCAUCACCAGAGACUUGUUGUUUCACAGUGUCCAUGAUGCUGUUCUCACAUGCCAACUGAAAGCUGUAUCUGUUUCGCAGGCUGCCUUAAACCACUGAGUUACACCCAGAUAACUGUGUUCUCAGAAUUGUGCAGACAGAGACUCUCUUCCAACAUUUCAUUUGCACAUUUUAAACAGACCCUGAGGCUUUUUACAUCUACUGGUAUAUUCUGUGGGAGGGAGUGGGAAUUGUUUGUGCAGGAAUAACGAAUGAGGACUUGGAAACCUUCAAACUUUUCAACUGUACUCUUUCCAGGUAGGACCUGAACCAACAGGGAAACAUUUAAUUACACAAGGCUGAAAACUGGUGUGUUUUUCUGUGGUCAGUGUUAGAGAAUCAGUGUAGGGGAGUGCAGUUUAACACUUAGAAAUAUGGCAAGCACUAUUGCGCCUAGUUAGGUGUGGACAAAACCAGAAGAUGUGUGGAGUGCAGCGUGAACAAGUUGACAUUCCAACGGCCUCAUGAUGAAAUAUGCACUUUAAUUCACUGCUUCUAGUUAAGUGAGAUCUUGCAGAAAACAAAUGUUCUGCAUUGCCAAAGUAAUACACUGUACCAGUGUCUUCAAAGGAUGUUCUUAACUCACUGUAAAACACUGAUGCCAAUAUCUAUGUCUAGCAGGUGCUUAUGUAAAGUGAAGCCAGUUUGCUGACUGCAUUAGUGACUUUU